AUGGUCAUAUUAUCUCUUGUUCUGCUUUUGCUUUCAGUCCAGUGGUCCUGGGCUCAGGAAGACCCUCUUCUGCCUUUCUCUGAACACCUGGACCUCGAGCACAAGGUGCGGCUGAAGUGGGGAUUUGAUAAGAUCAAGGGCACAAUCUUGUUCGAGCUCACGGUCAACACCAGCGGCUGGGUCGGUUUUGGCUUCAGCCCCAAAGGAGGAAUGACUGGAGCCGAUAUCGUCAUUGGAGGAGUUGGACCCAAAGGCAUUUACUUCACGGAUCGUCAUGCUGUGGGAAAAUCAAUUCCUUUGGUUGACAAGCAACAGAACUACAAACUCCUGUCUCUGAAAGAGUCUGAUGGGAAAACAGUCAUGAAGUUUCAGAGGUCCAUUGGUUCCUGUGAUGAAAAUGAUUUACCCAUCACUAAUCUCCCCAUGAAGCUGAUCUAUGCGUACGGACAGACCGAUGAAAUCAUGUACCACAGCACCCGAAGAGGCACAAAGCAGCUGAACCUGUUGAAGUACAUGCCUCGGGUCAACCUUCCAAACAGCAACUUUUUUGACAUAACUAUGGUCAAUUUCACUGUACCAGCCAACCAUACCUACUAUCACUGCAAGAUCAUGAAAGCCCCAACAUUUGAUCGCAAACAGCACAUUUAUCGCAUUGAGCCGGUGAUCACAAACAUUGACGUCAUGCAUCAUCUCGUGCUGUACCGUUGCCCUCCGAGCGUGACCGAGCCGCUUGAGGUGGAGUGUUAUACUGGGAUGGAUACAAAGUGUAUAGAGGCCGUGGCUGUGUGGGGAGUUGGCGGAGGGGUUAGUCUCACCUGUGACUUAGGUUGA